AUGGAUGCCACGAGGUUUCUGGCGGAAAAUGUGCUCAAUGAGCGGCGUACGGUCACUUAUCGCUCAUUGAGCCGUGCGCUCAAGGUUCACGCGCACCGAGCCAAGCAGAUACUUUUCGAAUUCCACCGAAUCGAAAAUGCGAAGAAGCCACAGAGCGUCCACGCGACCUAUCUCAUCUCCGGCAUCCAGAACCCCCCCGAGCCCCCAGCGACAAAUGGCCAUGCCAACGAUGAGGACGCGAUCAUGCAGAGCAGCCCAUAUCUACCUAGCUCUAUGCCAAACCAGGAGGUUACAUCCGACCAAGUCCGCAUCGCAUCAGUCAUAAUAGCUCGUGAGGAAGAUUUGGAAGAUGCGAAGGCAACCUUCCAAUCGAUAUCGAUGAUCCAUGUCUACAGUGUACAACCUUCUACGCUUCAGGAUCUCAAUACCUUGACGGAUGUGUGUAGGGAAAUGGCGACCGCACAUGCGCAAGAUGACCCGCUGGAGUGCGGACCACAAUGGGGCAUGAUCCAAAAUCGCAACGUCAAGCGGAGAACCGGAGCACGUCCACCACCUGCACGUGCAGCUGCCCCGGCACCAAAGGCUAAGCUCGAGUCUACGGUACCGGCUAAACGAACUCUACCAACGAAAGCAGCUCCGGCAAAAUUAGAAAGCAAGCCCGAAGAUUCUCAGCCCGCCAGUGACUCUCAGUCUUCAGUCAAAUCUACGGGCAAGCCUGCAGCUCCCAAGCGGGAGAAGAGCAAUCUCUUCAGCUCGUUCGCAAAGACCAAGCCACCGAAGCCCAAGCCAACAGAAUCGGCUACACAGAGUGCUGCAGAAGAUGUGAUGCUGGAUGAUGCUUCUGAGGAGGAACAAGAAGAACUCUUCCCCGACAGCGGCGACAAAGUCCCAUCAGCCGUCCGGGAAGGUAAAAAGGAGCGGGAGGAGAAACUCAAGAAAAUGAUGGAAGAUGACGAUGCUGAUGAUGAGGAAAUGGCCGAUGCCGACGAGGAGCUCCAGAGAGAGCCUACGCCAGAGGAACAACCGCCACCACCUCCACCCAAGCCGGCGGAGCUAAAGGAGGAGGUUACCGUGCAGGACGGACGUCGGCGCGGCAAGCGGCAGGUGAUGAAGAAACGGACGGUCAAGGAUGCGGAGGGAUACUUGGUGACUCGAGAAGAAGCAACUUGGGAGUCAUUCUCUGAAGAUGAACCCGCGCCGCCCAAGAAGAAACCUGCGGUGAAUGUCGCGAAGGCCAAGACAGGCAAGCCUGGAGGCCAGGGCAGCAUCAUGUCGUUCUUUGGGAAAAAGUAG